AUGGAAUUUGGGAUGAACAAAUGUAAAACACUACACAUAAACAGAGGUAAAUGGCAAAACGAAGAGCAGGCAUCUACAUUAAACAAUGAACACUUAGACAACAUGCAACCCAACGAAUAUUACAAAUACUUGGGAAUUUUACAAAACAGAAAAGUUGACCAUACCGCACUCAAAACCCAACUAAAAGAACAAUACAGGAAAAGACUAAGUAAAAUACUGAAAACCGAACUAAAUUCAAAAAACACAGUUAGAGCGAUUAACACCUACGCCAUACCGCUGCUCACCUAUUCAUUUGGAAUCAUUAAAUGGUCCAAAACAGAUCUGGAAAAUUUAAAUAUUCUGACAAGAACUCAGCUAACUAGAUUCCGACAGCUGCAUCCCAACUCUUGCAAGGAGAGGCUGACCAUUGAAAGAAAAGAAGGAGGUAGGGGCCUGACAGAUAUUCACGAAAUACACAACAAACAGAUUAAUUCACUAAGAAAAUACUUUAAAGAAAAAAAUACCUCAUUACACCAAGCAGUAACUAUAGCGGAUGCUAACUACACACCAUUAAAUCUUAACGCAGAAAAUAUUCCUGUUUCAAAUAUACUCACAUUAGAGGAAAAGAAAAACAAAUGGUCCCAAAAGCAACUACAUGGAAAACACUGUCAUAUUAUGAACAACCCCGACAUCGAUAAAGAACUGUCAUAUUCAUGGCUACAAAAAGGGCAACUGCAACCGGAAACGGAGGGAUUCAUUAUAGCGAUACAAGAUCAAGUAAUAGCAACGCGCAACUACAGGAAAUACAUAAUAAAAGAUAGAGCCCAACAAACGGAUACCUGCAGGCGUUGCCACCUCCAAAGUGAAACAAUAGAGCAUAUUACAAAUGGUUGUAAACUACUCACUGGUACAGAAUACACUCUAAGGAAUGACUUUGUUGGGCGUAUUAUACAUCAAGAAAUAGCAAAAACAUAUAAAUUUAUACAAGAAGAACAGCCCUAUUACAAAUACACGCCGCAAUCUGUCUUUGAAAACGACACUAUAAAACUCUACUGGGACAGAACGAUCCAUACUGACAGGACAGUAACAUGCAAUAGACCUGAUAUAACGUUAACACUAAAAAAAGAGAAAGUAACAUAUAUAAUAGAAAUCAGUGUUCCGAAUGACAACAACAUAACAAAGAAAUAUGAAGAAAAAAUUAGCAAAUACAUUCCACUAACACAGGAAGUAGAACGAAUAUGGCAACAAAAAGAAGUUAAAAUCCUACCAUUUAUUAUAUCUAGCACGGGCCUCACACACAGGAAAUUUAAAGAAAACCUCGAUAUUUUAAAUUUAAAAGGUCAUAUUCACACACUUGCUCAAAGAGCAGUAAUUAUUAAAACCACAAACAUAACCCGCUCCUUCCUAAAACAAUAG